UUCCGACGCCGUUAAAUAAAACAAUUUAAAAAAUAUAUUUUGACGUAACGUCAGUCAUAGCAAUUAUUUUUUUUCAAAAACCCAGAAAAUAUAUCGAAAUGUCUGCUACGUGGAAUGCUGUCGAUCUUCUAAACCUAGGAGAUGAAGGCAGAAAAAAACCAUAUAUCAAUCAGUACUGGGCACAAACCUUGGGUGUUAUUUUUGGCGUUAGUACAGGAGUAUUCAUAAAUUUCGGCACACGCCGUCCAUCCUUCAGCGGCAUUCAUAAACACGUUCUUGGGGUAAUUGGAUGGACCUCUUUAUUGACCUUUGUUCAAAUGAAACGCGACGACUAUCUCGCUGAAAAGGACGCAGUACUCAGACAUUACGUGGAGUUGCACAAGGAGGACUUUCCAGCCCCAGAGAGAAAGAAAUAUGCAGAUAUUUUGGAGCCCUGGGUCCCAAUUCGUUAACUAGUUGUAGUGUUUAUCAUCUUAGUGUGCAAAUAAAACUUAUAUUAAUUUGAAGAAUAAUUUAUUGUGGUAGCCAUUGUAAAAAAUAUCAUCUAGCCACAUAUUCAAAACAUUCAAUGAAUGGUGUGCAAGAUUUUGUCUGUGGUUUAAACUGUAACUCUCAUAAUUAUGUAGACAAUCAAAGAAUUUAAAUAAA